UUUGUGCUUUAUCUGUUUGUCAUUCGCGUCGCACGUUCGCUCCAAGUUUCGCCGCGAUUUUUCUGCGAUUUCUUCUUUUUUAUUUCGACCGCUCCAGCUUUCCUCGCGUUCAGCCCGAUCAGACUAACAAGAUGUCACUUUCGGAGUUCCGUAAAAAGAAGUUACUCUACGUUUUCAAUACCUUCUUUGAUGUCAAUCAAAGUGGCACGAUCGAUAGGAAGGAUUUCGACCUUGCCAUACAACGGAUCAAUGAAAACAGGGGAUGGGCUGCUGACAACCCCAAAGCUCAAAGCAUAAGGGAGAAUUUGCUGAAAAUGUGGGAUGGUUUGAGGCAAAGAGCUGAUACGGAUCAAGAUGGUCAGGUUAGUCGAGAUGAAUGGUUUUCACUGUGGGAAGAAUACGCGAAAAAUCCAUCGAACCCAUCCGAAUGGCAACAAACAUACAUGACUUUAACGUUCCAGUUGUUCGAUGCAUCUGGUGACAAAUCGAUCGACGAGAACGAGUUCUGCAACGUGUGCAGAUAUCACGGGGUAGCGGAGACCGAGGCCAGGGAUGCGUUCAAAAAACUAGGGGUGGGUCAGGAAAUAAACUGGGAUAAAUUCAGCAACCUCUGGAAGCAAUAUUUCUCCUCGGACGAGCCGACCGCAGCCGGAAACUUUAUUUUCGGGAAAACUUCCUUUUAACUCGUAUUAUUUUUUCCCCGAGCGAACGAAAUUCAGAGACGUGUUAUGCACCUCCUUGCGUCGCUUCUCAGUUUUUUAAUCGACAAACAUUAUGUUUUUGUUCGACAACGAAACGAAACGGCAAAUACUAUUGAUUUAUCGAGAAUUAUUUCGCACCGGAAGUCUCUUCCUAACCUCUCGGCGUUGUAAAUAAUCGUCCUCGUGUACGGGACGAUACAGCACGACAAAUAAUAUCGUUUGGACAAAAUGGCGGCGAUUAUAUCUCAUUGUAUGUUUGUAUCUGUAGAGUAUUUAAAUGUAAGAAAACAGAGAACUAUUAAUGAUCGUGCAAGUCUUGUUCGUCCAGUGUCGUUGUGCUUCUCGAACGGGAUGGUUCGAUCUUAACAAAUAAAUAUCUCCCUCCAUUAUCGAGCAAACGAUAUUUGCAAAGUUUAAGUGUAGCUUCAAUGUUUUCGUGUGACAUUGGAAAGUGUUGAAAAAUGGAAAAUUAUUAAAAAAAAAAAGAGAGAGAAGUUCGUGUUGGAAAAUUAGAAGAGUACAGAGGUUUUAAAUGUUGGCUUAAUUAUCGUGUAAGAAGCAGAAAUGAAAUCGUUAUAUUUUAAAAGCGUCAAUAUCGUGUAUGUGUCUUGUAUAGACAUUGCUGUUAAGCUCAUGGGGAAAUGUAUCGAGAGGUUUCUAGGAAAUUUUCAAAAUUUAUUUGCAGAUUGUUUAGAUUACAUUUGUCAGCUUUACGCUUGCAGAUUUUUUAUUUCCUCAUGUACAGUUGCGAAAAUUAUUUUGAAAUAAACUCUUGGAUCUCUGGACUAUUUUACAAAUUUGUUUAUGAAUUACUGAACCAAUGUUCUAAUUGAUCAAAUUUUUGAAUAUAUAGAUUCAAAAAUUUACAAAUAUCCAAAUUCACGAAUUCCUAAAUACACAAAUCCAGUUUGAAGACCUAUAAAUACACAGAUCCCCAAAUUUCAACAGCUAUAAAUCCCCAAAAUCCCAAAUUCCUAAAUCCACAAAUUUCCAGACAUAUAAA